AUGCGAUCUGGAGAAUCAAUAAUUCUACAUCGAUCAAGGAAACUUUUCCAACAAUUUCUGGUUGAUGCAUACACUAUGAUUGAGUUUGAACGACUUAAUUUCAUUCGAUAUAACCAGAGUCAUCUGAGAGCUGAGUUGUACAAAAAUAUAAAACAUUCAUUAGAUAGCGGUGAAGAUGCAGCACUGAGCACUGGAAAACGUAUCAUUAUACCUUCUUCAUUCACAGGCGGACCUAGAUAUAUGGUUGAAAAUUGUAAAGAUACUUUCACAAUUUGCCGUUGGGCUGGAUAUCCUCAUCUUUUUAUAACAAUUACCUGCAAUCCUAAGUGGCCAGAAAUUACACGAUUUGUUAGGGCCAGACAGCUGAACCCUGAAGAUCGGCCUGAUAUUCUAUGCAGAGUCUUCAAGUUCAAAUUGGACCAGUUGCUACAUGAUUUAAAAAAGGAAAAUAUUCUUGGCAGAGUCAUUGCAUAUGUUUGUACAAUCGAAUUCCAAAAGCGCGGACUACCUCAUGCUCAUAUUCUUCUAUUCUUGAACCCUUCAAGCAAAGCUGAAAGUGCUCUUGAUAUUGAUAAAUUGAUUUCAGCGGAGAUAUCUGACAAGGAAAUGAAUCUUACGCUAUUUAUGGCUGUCACGAGUUACAUGAUACAUGGUCCAUGUGGUCCUGAAAAUUACAAAUCUCCUUGCAUGAAGGACGGACGGUGUUCAAAAAAAUUUCCAAAAAACUUCUGCUCCCGUACUUUGAUUGACGAUGAUGGAUUUCCUCAUUAUAAGAGAAGAAAUGAUGGGAGAGUUGUGAACAAAAAUGGUGUUGUACUUGAUAAUCGUUAUGUUGUGCCCUAUAAUGCACACCUUCUUUUAAAGUACCAGGCUCAUAUCAACGUUGAAUAUACUUGCCAGAGAAGUACCAUUAAAUAUCUUUUUAAAUACAUCCACAAAGGGAAUGACAGAGUUACAGCUGCCAUAAAUCAUUCGGACGAUGAAAUAAAAAUGUUUUAUGACUGCAGGUAUGUCUCCGCAUGUGAAGCAGCUUGGAGAAUAUUUGGAUUUGACAUUCAUUCGAGAUAUCCCCCUGUUCAGAGAUUGCCAUUUCACUUGCCUAAUGAAAAGAACAUUAUUUUCAGUGAUAAUGAUUCGUUGUAUGAUGUAAAGACAAGGGCGGAGUCUAGACUGUCAAUUUUUGAGUCUUGGAUGGAUGCAAAUAAAAAAUAUCCAGAAGGUAGGCAUCUAACUUAUGGAGAGUACCCGACUGAAUUUGUUUUCAAAGAAAAAACGCAUGAAUGGAAUCCGAGAAAAAAAGGAUUUUCCAUUGGAAAGAUAAAUCAUUUUUCUGCCAAUAAUGGAGAAGAUUCAUAUCUUCGCACCUUGCUUAAUUUUCAAAGAGGUUGCACCAGUUAUGAAGAUCUUAGAACGAUCAAUGGCGUGGUUUUUCCUACAUUUAAGGAUGCGUGCUAUUCUUUAGGACUUCUGGAUGAUGACAAUGAGUACAUUGAUGCAAUUAAGGAGGAAAGUUCCUGGGGAUCUGCUGCUUAUCUUAGAUAUGCAAUUCUUACAGAAGAGUCUAUAAAAAACAUAACUCUUGAAGAAAUUGAUAAGGUACUGCAGAGCAAUGGGAAAUGCCUCUCUGUUUAUCCGUCAAUGCCACGCAUCAAUAGUGAAACUUUGCUUGAUAUGCAAAAUCAAUUAGUGUUGGAUGAAUUAAUGUAUGACAGAUUUGCUUUGGAAGAGGAGCAUAAAAGACUAAUUAAUUCCCUCACUGAUGAGCAGAAAGCUGUUUAUGAUAAAAUUGUUUCAGCAGUUACGCCAGGUAAUAGAGGGUUAUUUUUCCUAUACGGGUUCGGUGGUACAGGAAAAACAUUUAUUUGGAUUACUCUUUCAGCAUCUAUUAGAUCAAAAGCUGGAAUCGUACUUAAUGUUGCUUCUAGCGGAAUUGCUUCCCUUCUGCUUCCUGGAGGACGAACAUCGCAUUCUAGAUUUCGUAUUCCUAUUCAAAUCAAUGAAGAUUCAACGUGUAAUAUAAGGCUGAAAUCUACUAUAGCGGAGUUGCUGUCAAAAACAAAGUUAAUCAUUUGGGAUGAAGCUCCAAUGGUACAUAGAUUUUGCUUUGAGGCUCUGGAUAGGACACUGAGAGAUGUUCUUAGAAUUUCUGAUGCUGUGUUGAUAUGCCAUUUGGUGGAAAAGUUGUUGUUCAAGAAGGUGACUUUCGGCAAAUAUUACCUGUCAAAAUAA